CCAUUCCUCAUUGCAUCGCAGACGCAUGUUAUCGAUCGCCUCCAAUGCACUCACAAGGCGUUUAGACCGGGCACAGUUGUCUUAAAUUUGGUGUAUAUCGAUGCUCCGGAUGGCCGUAAGAUCUUAAGUAAGGCGAAGCGUCGGUUGAAUCAGACACUGCCCCGACCGAUAGUAGCUCAGAUCAGCAGAUUUGUGCCUCGUCAUCGUGCAGCCUCGCAGCGCAGUAUCUACGUCGCGCGUUGGUGUGUAGCCUCCAAGGGCCUGGAGGAUCGGGCAAUACAGGCUUGA